AUGUUCUUAGGGGACGUUGCUAGGCCUAGAUGGAAUCGUUUUGGUCAAUGUACGUUUGAUGGGAAAAUAGGAAUUUUUCCUUUUAUCAAUAUGGUGGCAGCACAAAGAGAUUCAAAGAAUCGACCAAGGGGUUCAAUAGAAAUUAAACCAACCGAAUUAGUUAUUCAAGAAGUUAAUAGAAGUAUGCUCAUACAACAAUUGAUUCCGGCUAUACUAGGAAAAUGGCCAAGUGAAGGACCUUCCAUUAUUUUAAUUCAACAAGAUAAUGCAAGGGUUCAUAUCACAAACGACGAUCCAAUAUGGCAACAACACAAUAGGCAAGGGGGUUUAACUUUCAUUCUUACUCAACAACCUCCAAAUAGUCCGGAUUGUAAUAUUCUAGACUUGGGUUUCUUUAGGAGCAUACAAUCACUUAUGCAUAAAAAGAUGCCCAAAAACAUUACAGAAAUAAUCAUAGCAGUUGAGGAUGCAUUCGGAGAGUUACAUCCAAAAACCUUAAGUAAUGUGUGGAUCUCAUUACAACACCAUUUAAGUGAGAUUUUAAAAGUUAAGGGGUCUAAUGACUACAUACAACCACACUUUGGAAAGAAGGUUGAAGAAGACAAUGGCAGGUUAAGGAUUCAAGGAUUAGCAACAAACACAAGCAUUACAGAAAUUGAGGAUGCUGCACAAACAACAGAGAUCAUUCAAGAAGCUUAUGAUCAAGCAGUUGAAGAAACUCAAAGAUGA